GCACAUGUACACACCGCACUCCUGAUGUCAUCAUCAUCAUCAUCAUCAUGAACGGUCGCGCAUGUUUUGCAUGUGUGUUUAUUUCCAAAGCUGCUUUCACGAAACAAAAGCUGCACGCUGCAGGAGAGCUGUGCGUGGAGACGUUCUGCAAGUAGCUAAGAUGACUGCCAUGACAAUUCAAUGAGAGGAGAGGACGCCAAGUGAAACGUCCCCCGCACGCUGAAAAAGAGAGAGAAGGAGCGCUCAAGGUAAAGAGAGCAGAGGGAGAAGAAGAAGAAGAGGAAGAAAGAAGGGAUAAGAAGAAGAGGGAGAGGCAGAGGAGCGAGGGAAAGGGGAGAGAAAGUGAAGGAUAAACGGUGGAUGGAGGCGGCUCGGACCGGGGCUACGGAGCGCUCUUCACCGACGAAGAAGAAGAAGAACAGCAGCAGCAGCAGCGGCAGCAGCAGCGGGGGGGAGAGGAGAUGGAGGCGAAAGGCAGAAACAUGCCCCCAGAUAUCAGCUUCCUUCCCCGCCCGGCGAUGGUUUGGUGCGAGCGUGGCAUCCAGGUGCUGCUGACCACCAUGGGAGCGUUCGCCGCCUUCGCCCUGAUGACGGUGGCCAUCGGUACGGACUACUGGCUGUACGCCCGCGCCUUCAUCUGCAACAGCACGGCCAACUCGACCCAGGAGGAGUCCAGCAACAAGGACAAGAAAGACCCCGGGGCGCUCACCCACUCCGGCCUCUGGAGGAUCUGCUGCCUGGAAGGCUUGAAGCGAGGUGUGUGUUCCCAGAUCAACCAUUUUCCAGACGACGCAGACUACGACCAAGAUGCUGCAGAGUAUCUGCUGCGUGUGGUGCGAGCCUCCAGCAUCUUCCCCAUCCUCAGCGCCAUACUGCUCCUGCUGGGUGGAGUCUGUGUUGCUUCCAGCGGCUUCUACAAGAGCAAAAGAAACAUCAUCCUCGGCGGAGGGAUUCUGUUUGUAGCUGCAGGGCUCAGCAACAUUAUCGGAGUGAUCGUGUACAUCUCAGCAGCACUGAGCGACAUCUCCCCCAAGAAAGACGAGGACAAGAAGUGGCACUACUCCUACGGCUGGUCCUUCUACUUUGGCGGCUUGUCCUUCAUCCUGGCCGAGAUGGUGGGCGUCCUCGCCGUCAACAUCUACAUCGAGAAGAACAAAGAGCUGCGCUGCCGCUCCCGCACCGACCUCUUCAAGAGCACCACGCACGCCAUGCUUCGACUGCCCAGCUACCGCUUCAGGCGGCGCUCCCGCUCCAGCUCGCGCUCCACCGACCCGCCGCACUCGCAGGAGAACUCGCCCAUCGGCGCCUCCAAGACCUUCAGCCUGCCGCCCUCCGCCCCGCCUUUCUCCGUGGCCACCCUGCCCAACCCGCACCACAACAGCAGCAGUGGAAGCGGAGGAGGAGGCGACAUCUCCAUGUACACCCUGACGAGGGACUCCAAGCUGGGCAGCCUGGGAGGCGGCGCCCCACCUCUCUACGGCACUGUGGACCGAGCCACGCUGUACCAGCUCCACAACUACUUCCCGAAAGAUUCCAGUGGCAGUGGCGGAGGAGGUGGAGGAGGAGGAGGAGGAGGAGCGGUGAUAAGCAGCGGCACGCUGCCGUCUCACUCCAAGUCCAAUUUGGCAGCAGCUGCGGCUGUAGCCCAGAAUUCAGCACCGCUGAAUACCUCCACAUCAGCCACCACACCAGCCCAGCCGGCUCCGAUAUCUACAGCCACCAUGGAGAGGGACAGGGACAGGGACAGGGGCAACGUGGGGACCCUGGACCGACUGACAGCCAAGAGGGACAGGGAUAGCAACUCAGAUACACUUAACAGGAAAACUACGCCAGUUUAAAACUAAACCUCAGAGAGGAGGGAGAGAGAGAGUGUUGAAAUAAAAGAGAGGUGGUAUUGAAUUUACAGCGACGUUCGAGAUAUCUGAAAGAGACAAAGAGUAGGGCUGAAAAUGUGUUUCUGUCCUUGAGGCCUGGGGUAUCUAGCUGCCAUAAUUACUUACUGAUAUCAUAAACAGCCAUAAAACACCUGAGAUUAAGUGCAAACUCAUGACAGCUGCCUUAAAAUGGUCAUGACUUUAGCUUCGGAAAAUCAUCAGCAGUGGUGCAGUGGAGGCUUCGGCUUGUUCUUUUCAAACUCGCUUCAUUUUUAACAUUGUUUGUCCCAAAUGCACAACUGGCAGCUCUUCCCAGUGAAACCAGUUUCCCGGUGCAGCAGUUGGGGGUUAAGUGCCUUGCUGAGGAGGCAGGGGAGCUCAGUAGUUAUUUACUCUCCCCUUCUACAUUUUGUUUCGCUUUAACGAAGAAGGAACCACCGAGCACCGGUUUUGUGAUUUGUACGUCACGAGACAUCUGCGUUAAAGCUGAACUGUUUUGUUUUUUUCUUUAGAAGUGAAAGUUUUUCCACAUCGAGACAUCCAGCUUGAACUCGAGGUGUCUCUUUCACCUGCAAACCACCAAAUCACUGCUUUCCAAACACUUUAUUAUUCAUGAAACAUCAUAAAUAAUAAAAUAACAAAAGUGGCCCCAGAUGGUGUAAGCCACAAUCCUCUGUUAACAUUUGUGUUUUUAAAAAACGGAGCCACAGACGGGUACAUUUCAGCCAAGUAACAAGCUGCUCGGUGACGAGUUGACUUCCGAUUCAAGGUCAACGGUAGCUACUUAACCUCUGGUCCUGAGAGAGUGACCUCAGCCAUAUCUAACCUACUGACACACACACGCCCCAUACCAGAAGAGGCUGACACACUGUGAGCCGAUUUUAUUGUUUCAUUGCGUGUCAAAGGUAAUUACACAGUGACAGAUGGGCAUUCUCCACCCGAACGCUUCACCCCGUACGCCUCCACUGCACCACUGCCAGUUGUCACAGUUCGGUUGGACGUCCGUCUGAACAAGUAACUUUCGUUUUUCGACGUUUAAAUUCCUAGAGCCGUCGUUCAAAUGUGUGAAAUGUUUGCAGCGUUCUGGACAAAUAGAAGUAGACUGCUCCGCUUAUUCCAGGAUAAUCUUGGACUUGUUUCUUGUUCCUGAAACAACAGGAGUUAAAAGGAAGAGGGAGAAUGUUAUGUGGGACUUGAUUUAAGCCUGCUAUGGAGCAUUUAUGUUUUUAACUCCAGCCAUCCGGCCUCCACCGUGACCGGCUGCACAUAAAUUGCACCAAUCUCCAUUUGUAAGCAGAUAAAAAAAUAAUUAUCUUGGAAAAAUGUAUUCAAACUGACUAAUGCCAUAAGCUGGACAAGUAAUUCUUUAAUUAUCUGUAUCGCCUUUUCAACGCAGUAGAAAUGUUGCACCUUCAACGUUGAUGAAAGUGCUCGUAAAGAUGGACCUCUGUGUGAUUUAUUUAUUUAUUUUAGUUGCCAAAACGGAUUCGGGCGUUCGUAUGACUGUUUGCGAUAAUGUUUCGGUACCGAAGGCUACAAGGCGGGUCAUCCGACGAGUGUUCCUGCAAAGGGCUGCAACCACGGGCAACAGGGUGGGAGGGGUUUCAAUUCAGUUUACACUCAGGGGGUGGAGUUUUAGUUUAGAUCCAAACGCUAAAACGUCGCGUUUUCUCCAGUGUAAGAUAUUUGAUUUAUUCCUCACUUAUUCUUAAAAGAUACAACACAAAACUGAAGCACAUUAUUCAGUCUUAGAGAAGUUAUUUUUGAGGGUGUUUUACGAAGGCGGACAGAACUCCACAACGGGUGUACUGCGUAAUAUUCUGGACUUCACGUGCUAAACCUGACUACUGGACUCAUAAACUGAACUUCUCGGAUCAGCUGCGUUCGCAAACAACCCGACGCUGGUUGACGCGAAGUUGGAGGAGGAGGGAAAGCGAAAAAAAACAACAACAGCUGGCUUCAGUUCCCCUUCCCUCCGUCUCUCUUUUAGCUAUAACUAUAUACUAUUUCACAAACUAGAAUAAUAAAUGUAUUAUUGAGUAUAUUAUCGGUCCAUUCACUUCAACAAAAAGCACAUAAUGUCUGUAAAUGGUAAAUCUUUGGGUUGUCUUUGAUCAUCUCUAGGUUACAUGAGGUUGUAACUGAGUAUUAAUAUCAUGUUGCUGGUGUUUCUAUGAUCGUAAAUGGUUAUUGCAGGGUAUUUAUACAUUUUUGGAUUUUCUUUUGUAAUUUUUUUAUAUUCCUUUCGAGGACUUUCUGGAGUUUCUUUCUCUUGCUUAUGUACACUAAAAGUCAGUGGUGUCACGUGGAAAGCAUGUGCACAAAAAAGUGAGAGGGUGAUAACGUGUAAAUCCAUCUUUUUUUUUACAUUUUCAUCGUUUCCUUCUGUGUACGUGUUCGUGCAGGGAGCGUCGACUGAGCGUGCAUGAUCUUUUUUCAGCGACGCCCCUGUUUCACCUUCGCUCACACAUUCACACUGGCGCUCGCCCAGUAAAACCAGCCCGCCGCUGGUUACUGAGCCGCUUCCCUGGAACAAACGGGGGGCUGCAUGCCUUCCUCAAGGGCACACUGACAGUUGCUACAGAAAGCAGAAGUGUCAUUUUUUCCCCUCUCCGUUUUGACUGUGUACUUGUUGUCGUUGCACUGUUUUCUCUUUUUAUAUUUCCACGUAUUUAUUUAAGUUAUUUUCUUUAAUAUUCUGAUUUCCUUUCUGUAAUCGUUUCUCUAUUUCGAUCUAUAAUCGGUCUUUACAUCGUCUUUGUUCUCGGUUUUUACCGCAGCUUGACUUUUUGUUGUUUGUCCUUUUGACUUUUUUUAAUAUCCUUCCACUGUCGCUCUUCCACCAUCGUUUGGUCUUCAUUUCUUUUUUUUUUGUCUUCUAAACAUUACCAGCGUAGCCUAAUAAUCUGUGUUUUUUAAUGUUCUGACUAGUGUAUAACUGUAGGCGAUAGAAUUUAUAUUAAUCUAUUUAUUUUCGUGGUGGUAUGUAUAGAUAUUCUUAAUGUUAUAUUGUUUCAGAGUUCACACACCUGUAACUUUGGGCUAUAAAAGGCUUUCACGCCUGCCUGUGGCAUACUGUCAGUAGCCUAAGUUUUGGCAGAGUGGGCUACAUGUGGUCCGUGUUGGUGUCGUCGGUGGUUUUUACAACGAAAUCCAUCAGUGUCAUGCUUCGGAAAAACACGCGAAAUCACUAAAUGAAGACUGACAUGCACCCUGAAUUAGCUUUUUAUCUUUUGCAAAGUGUUUGUGUGAACUAAAGCAGACGUUCUGUUCCUUCGUUUUGAAUCCAUAUCCGGAUGUGAAAGCCAUUUUAAAAGGCCAGCUCCUUUCAUCAACACUUAGGCUACUGACAAACCUGAAACUCUUCAAAUGGAAAACUGGUAUAUCUCCACUCAGCAGACCGAUCCAUGUAAAGAACAAUAAGGACAAAGGGGAAGCAAUACAAUAUACUGAUCCUCAUCGGAAAAGACAAAAAAUAUGGUAUAUAUACACAUAUAUAUAU